UGAUUCUGCAGCCGCUCUCCAUCGUUCCCCUCUGUCUGUCUGGGGCACGACGGUGGUCCUUCUCAUUUUCGCUCUCUCUCUCUCUCUUCUUCCCUCUUUCCGUCUUCUGCCAUGUUCUGCUUCUGCCUGCAGAGCUCGUUGCUGAAGCUGCAGGCUCUGGAGGAGGACUCCAGCCCCCCUCUGGGUCGCUCACCCGAAGACAGCCCGCCUGGCCUGGGCUUUAAGGAGGAGAGCCAGCCCCCCUCACGCGCCAGCCAGAGAGAGGACAGUAGCCCACAAGACCCCAGGCAGGCUGAGAUUGAUUGCAUUGAGCCCCAGCAGAGUCCCGGCCCGAGUCGGCUCAUCUACUCCAUCACAGACGGGAACAGCCCCCUGCCCUCCCCUCGCUGCGCCAGCCUCAGCCUAAGCCAGAGAUUCAACACAGACCCAGAGAGUGCACCAUCACCUCCCUGCUCCCAGCACGUUAUCAUGCCUCGUGCUGUGGUCAGACUCGUGACUGCUGAUGAUGCUAAAGAUGCUCCAUCCAUCCCGCUACUCACCAAACACAUCCAAACCCUUAAGAGGAAAAUCCGCAAGUUUGAGGAGCGCUUCGAGCAAGAGAUGAACUACAAGCCCUCCCACAACGACAAGUCGGCCAAUCCAGAGAUGUUUAAGCUCAUGACUGAACUGGCCAGGUCUCGCAAGCAGCUAAAAGAUUUGAAACUGAGGCAGUCUGUGGAGGAGUCUCGAGGCCAGGAGAACGGUGACCCCACCGAUGUCUGCAGGUACUCCAAUGGGCUGCAGGAGGCGACAGAGCUGCAGCAGCACAAGCCCUCUCUGGAGGAGACGGUGGACCUGCUGCUGAAGAGGCUGAGGGAGAAACGCCAAGCCCUGGGCCUACCAGACAACAUGAAGGAGAUGACCCACAGGCAGAUGGCCAUAGAGAAGCUCACGCUUCAGAAAUGCCUGCUGUAUUUUGAGAGUCUGCAUGGACGCCCUGGCACCAAGCAGGAGAAGAACCUGGUGAAGCCACUGUAUGACCGAUACCAGAUGGUCAAGCACCUUCUGUGUGCCACUCCUACAAUAACCACCAUAGAGGAAGAGGAAGGAUCUGAUGAAGAUUACGCGCAGCAAACGCCACCAGUCCCACGGCAACCCACGCCAGAGUCAGUGGAUGAGGACGAGGAGGAAGGGGACAGCGACCCUGCCUUCGUCUCUCCACUAGAUGAAGUGAAAGCAAUGCAAAAACCAGCCAUCACCAUGUCCAACCUGCAUGCGGCUUCCAGGUCUGAGCUGCUGGAGUGUCUGCGAGAGACUCGAGCGGAGAAGAAGAGGAGACGGAAAGCCAUCAGAGAGUUCGAGGAGCAGUUCUUCAGACAGAUGGGCAGGACUGCACAAAAGGAUGACCGGAUUCCAAUGGCAGAGGAAUACCAGGAGUACAAAAGCCUCAAAGCCAAACUGCGCUUGCUGGAGGUUCUGCUCAGCAAACAGGAAACCACAAAGACUAUGUGAAAUGUGCAUAUAUAUAUCCCUGUUUGCCUUUCAGUACAGACCCAGAUGU